AUGAUGACUAGCUUGAAACGAUGCUAUAAGAGAAAUCGCCCUCGUCAGGGCGAAUCACAACGUCUUCAGAUCCUUGUCAGGGUGAAUCACAACGUCUUCAGAUCCUCCAGUGGAAGGGGCGAAUCACAAUGUCUUCAGAUCCUCCAGUGGAAUGCUGCCAAUAACAUCGUCUUCAGAUCCUCCAGUGGAAUGCUGGAGGGAUGUCACAGGACAAAAAGAUCCAAGUCAAGAAAAUCCUACACCAAUGUCUUCAGAUCCUCCAGUGGAAUGCUGGAGGAAUGUAACGGACAAAAAGAUCCAAAUACAGAAAAUCCUACAAACCUUAUGGAUUUUGAAAUUUUCUAA